AUGACUUCAGAGUCCUAUUUCCAACCACCUAUGGCUAUCCCACCGCGAACAAGCUCUACAGACUGUCGGGAACGACUACAAACAAACACCAACAUGUCUCGUCGACACACGCGCAACCAGUCGAGCCUCGAUGGCACAAAAUACAAGGACGGGAAAUGGUCCCGUGAGAAUGAAAAGAUCAUCAUGGGCCCGUACGACUACAUGCUGCAGCACCCAGGCAAAGACCUACGACGACAGAUGAUCAACGCCUUUGAUUUAUGGCUAAAAGUCCCACCGGAGAGCCUCACUAUCAUCAACAAGGUGGUAGCUAUGCUUCACACCUCCUCCCUAUUAAUCGACGAUGUCGAAGACAACUCCAUCCUCCGCCGCGGAAUUCCUGUGGCCCAUAGCAUCUACGGCACCGCACAAACCAUCAACUCCGCCAACUACGUCUACUUCCUCGCCCUCCAGGAAGUGCAGAAACUCAAAAGCCCCAUCGCAAUCGACAUCUACGUCCAAGAACUCCUCAACCUCCACCGUGGCCAAGGCAUGGACCUAUUCUGGCGCGAUACCCUCACGUGCCCCAGCGAAGACGAAUACCUCGAGAUGGUAGGCAAUAAAACCGGCGGUCUCUUCCGACUUGCCGUAAAGCUGAUGCAGGCGGAAAGCACGACGGAAAAGGACUGCGUGAGCCUCGUCAACGUCAUGGGCCUGAUUUUCCAGAUCUGUGACGACUACCUGAACCUCUCUAGCGGGACAUAUACCAAGAACAAGGGGCUCUGCGAAGACCUUACGGAGGGCAAAUUCUCCUUCCCGAUUAUCCACAGCAUCCGCUCAAACCCGGGAAAUCACCAGCUGAUCAAUAUACUUCGACAGAAGACCCAGGAUGAGGAGGUGAAGCUUUACGCGCUUACCUAUAUGGAGAGCACCGGGAGCUUCAAGCAUACACAGAAGGUUGUGCGGGAGCUCCGUGAGCGGGCGUUGCAGCUGAUCGAUGAAAUUGAGAACAGUGGUCGUGGAAAACAGGUUGGGGGCCAGAACGACGGGGCCAUGGUCCGCGCUAUUCUGGAUAAAAUUACGGAGACGACAUUGAAAGAUAGGCAUGAAACAUCUGAAUGA